GUCGAAGAAAGCAACCAGGAAACGAAUGGCGGAAAUAUAGGUCCACCUCACUCUUUGAGCUAGCAAUUGUUGGACCUACCUGGCGUUGUUCUGGCUGGAAAACGGAGUCAAGUCGAGUCAGCAGAUGUCUUCACACAAAACCAGUGGACGGUGUUGAAGAAACGAUGUUGUCGCGUUGAAUGUGGCCGGCGGGAUCGGUAAAGUGAAUGGACGGAUGGGCAGCCAAUGAUCCAGCUGAGAGUGUCCUGUCACCGACAGCCUGCCAGAUCAAACACCGACAUAUGGCCCUGCUUCUCGGCUAGCUGAAGGAGACAACGCCAGCAUCAUGUUCUUUAAAACAUCUUUCACCACCCUGAUUGUUGGGGUGUUUGUGGUCUACGUGCUCCACACCUGCUGGGUGAUGUACGGGAUAGUGUACACCAAACCCUGUGACAAUCCCAAAGCUGGCAACUGCAUCACACCCUUCCUGGCAGGAAACCCAAAACUACAGUUGAGCAUCUACACGGCUCUGCAGGCAAAUGCAGAAGGAGGCCAUACUCUGAUCCACAAAGAGGAGGACUUUGAUGUCAACAAUAAGUUUGAGAGGAUAGUCAACGUCUCCCUUCCUAAGAAAACCCGUAAUAAUGGAACUUUAUAUGCACUAAUAUUUGUCCAUCAAGCCGGCAUCAGUCCGUGGCAGGAUCAACGACAGGUCCACUUGGUGGCUCAGCUCACCACAUACAUGGUCCCUAAACCGCCUGAAAUCUCUCUGAUAUCUGGAGAGGAUCAAACACAGGGUCAGAAAGAAGAGGCCCAGCAAACAAAGCAGCGUGAUGGAAAACCUGCAGGUAGAACUAGAGGUGGAGCCGCUUCUAUGUCAGAUCACCCGGUUUCACACUGGCGCUCCCGGUUAACGCUCAACAUUGUCAGCGACCACUUCCACUUUGACAGAGAAUACCUCCCCAGUGAUGUCCACAGAUACCUCAGAGUAUUCCAGAAUGGGAAGAAGAUGGUGUAUCUACCUCUGCUGUUUGUCGAUGAGCUCAGCAACAGGGUCAAGGACCUUGUGGAGAUCAACAGUACCUCCACGGAGCUUCCUCUGACCAUCUCCUACGACUCCAUCUCUCUGGGGAAACUUCGAUUCUGGAUCCACAUGCAAGAUGCUGUUUACUCUCUGCAGCAGUUUGGUUUCACAGAAAAGGAUGCUGAUGAGAUUAAAGGGAUCUUUGUUGAUACCAACCUGUACUUCCUGGCUCUGACCUUCUUUGUAGCUGCCUUCCAUCUCCUCUUUGACUUCCUGGCCUUUAAAAAUGACAUCAGCUUCUGGAAGCAGAAGAAAAGCAUGGUGGGAAUGUCCAGCAAAGCAGUGCUGUGGCGAUGUUUCAGCACCAUAGUGAUUUUCCUAUAUUUGUUUGAUGAGCAGACCAGCCUGCUUGUCCUCAUACCUGCUGGGAUCGGCUCUAUCAUCGAAGUCUGGAAAGUGAAGAAGGCCUUUAAGAUUCAGGUUUUCUGGAAAGGAGGCAAACCGACCUUCCUGUUUGGAAAAUUAGAUGAAUCAGAGAGAAGAACAGAAGAAUAUGAUACUCUGGCCAUGAAGUAUCUUUCAUACCUCCUUUACCCACUGUGUAUCGGAGGGGCAGUGUAUGCUCUAAUAUUCCUACGAUAUAAGAGUUGGUAUUCGUGGUUGAUCAACAGUUUGGUGAAUGGUGUAUACGCCUUUGGUUUCCUCUUCAUGCUUCCACAACUAUUUGUCAACUACAAGCUGAAAUCUGUGGCUCACCUGCCCUGGAAGGCCUUCAUGUAUAAGGCCUUCAAUACCUUCAUCGACGAUGUGUUUGCCUUCGUCAUCACCAUGCCGACGUCUCACAGACUGGCCUGUUUCCGAGACGACGUAGUGUUUCUCAUUUACCUUUACCAGAGAUGGCUCUACCCAGUGGACAAAACGAGAGUAAACGAAUACGGAGUUUCUUACGAUGACAAACCCAAAGCGAAGACUCACAGGGACUAGAAGGGAAAGAUGGACUCUGUGCGUAUUGUGUUGUUUCCGCUGGUAUUUCCUGAACUGACUUUGCCAGUCUAGUGGAAACUGUCUUUGUUUUGGGCCAGUUGGUUAUAAAUGGACCAGUUGCAUAAACAUUCUUCUGGUUUCUCAUUUUUUCACCCUGUCACAAAGUCUUGAAAGGGCAACAUCUGCUUAUCUGUCUUUUUGCAACCUGUAGAGGUAUUUUAUUUGUUAUGCUAAAUCUGUGACUGUUCUUCAAAGUGACACAACAACCAGGAAAAAUUGUGUGUGCGAUUAGUGUGAACACCUCCUCAUGUCCUGAGCUUACAACAGAUCAUACUCUGCUUAAUUCUUAUAUGACACCGACUACAGAAACUUUGCUAUAGCAGAUAUUGUUGGCAGCUUUGAGACUUUUCUGCCAUAAAUUCUACUCGUAAUUUUUCAAAAGUUACAACCAGUCAUGUUUGUUGUCUGUUGGAAAGAGUCCAUCCUGUUAAGAUCACUGAGUUUUGUUUUUUGUCUCCAGCUUGGAUGUCUGCAAAUACCGACUUCGUUGUGCUAAACUAAAAGAGUAAAACACGAUUCAUUAUGCAGGCUGGAGCUACCAGUUAAAGCUAAAGCCACCUCUUGAGAACUAUUGUAAAAGCUGCAGUCUCAGAAUUUUAAUCGCCCUGUCAAAAAACGAUUUGUAUUUAUUUUUUUUAUUUUUUUUUUAUUUUUUAAAGGAUUUUACAUUAACAAAUUUCAGUUAACUGACAUUUUGAUAAGAGUCUGGUUCAGUCUGCUUUGGGAAAAUGAUACAGUACAUCUAGGAGUUUUAGAAAAAGUUGCUCAUCUGAGAGGCUUCAUUCAUCAAGACUGCAUAAUCCAGCUGCUUGUUGUUCACCUGCCAGAUAUCACAACCAGAAUGACUGAAAAGCUAGCUUUCGUGACAACUGGGCUACACAAAUACUGUGCUUUGUCAGAAAUGGCAUUAUAGCCUUUGCAUUUGGGUUUACCUAACCUCGAACAGGGGACCUGGGCAAAUGUGAAGCAUCCCUGCUCGCUUCUUUUUUCAGGCACUUCCAUAUUAUUCCAUAAGCACUAGGUUUGAUAUGUCAGAGCUGACAGGAAAAUCCAUUCGUAAUUAUAGCUUAGGUGCUGAAGUGAAAGCUAUUUACAAGUCAGAACCUGGUAAUCAUGGCAACUCCAGUGUGUCAUAAAAGCUGCAUUAGGCAAAGGUUGGCAGUACAGAAACAUAAGUGGACGUAUUGGUAGCUCACUUAAAUACACUUUUCUAGAAAUUAUAUGGAAUUAUGCUAAUUACGUUUAAAGAUUUUUUCACUGAAAGGGCUAUUAGCAAUUUGAGUAUGAAAAAGUAUCGAUGUGUACAUAUUCCAGAAUUUGUAUCCAAAAUUAUCCUGUUGAAAAGGUUGACAUAUGUCAGCUCUGGAACAAAUACCAGAAUCAUCUUGCUUUACCUACGUCUUAAAGCAAGAAUAUACUGUAUAUAAUAUGAUUAAAAAACAAUGGGGUGGUAACCAAGGAAAAGUGACACAACAGAAGAGUCAAAUUAAAAACACAUCACUUUAACGUUAAAGAAUUUUACUGUCGAAGCAUGUAAUGGUACAAGAUUCCAUUUAGUUGCCAUGGCAAAUUGCGGGAUCGUUAGAAAAUCUUCUGCUGCGUUAGAGGCAGAGGAAGAAUGUGAUUUUUGGCCACAGAGACUAUAUGAAUUGCCUGAACAUUCCAGGAUGUAUGAAGCUGAAUUGUGUGUUUUUCCUGCUCUGUCUGAUGUUAAAUGAUACUGAUUUUAUUACACUGUAACGCAGCUGGGUACAACUGACAGCCUGUUUUUACCCAUCUGAGUAUUUCUUACAUAUCAGGGCCAAGAAAAUACAUUAGUGCCAAAUGUGAGACUGUUUGUGAGCUUUGUAUGUUCACCAUAAAGGAUCCAUUUGAUAUUUUUAAACAGACACUGACAUUGUAGAGGAAAUAGUUAUGCUAAGACUUAAGAAAAGUAUUACAACAUCUGGAUUUACAACAUCACAUUUUGAUUUAUUUGCUAAUGUUAUGCAUUUUUAAACUAGGAACAUUUACUUUGAAUCAGUCUACUUCAUGUUCAGGUAUCAGGAUAUAUUAGAUCUGGGUACAAAGAUACAGUGCAGGUUUUCUGUUCCUGAAUGAAUGAAGCCAGGAUAGAUUUGCCAGAAAAUUGCCUUGAAAUGGUUUUACUUAUUGUAAUGUUUGUGUUUUUGGUUGAGAUAAAAUAAAAAUGACUGACUUAA